AAACUACUUGUGUGUGGAGAGCAAACAGAAGCCAUUUUGUAGAAACUCCUCCACGCACGUAGCAGUGCAUAUUUUCCUGAACUGACUAAGCUUGUUUUCCAACCUCAACUCCAGGCGGAGGGAGAUUAAACCCUCCUUAACGCCCGUCCUCUCCGUGCCUGUAAGCGCCGCCCGCGACUGUUCUGGAAUCAGUCCCGCGGGCGACCACACCCACCGGGUUUCGCGCGGAGCGUAGGAGGCUUUCCACAGCUCUCCUACGUCAGUUUCCUGUGGAGGAGCUGUCAGCAGUGCUCACUCUCCCCCUGGCCAGCGCGCACAGACGCUCACACACACCACCUCCUCUCACACACACCACUCUCUCAGAACAAGUCGCAAACAAGCGUAGCCAUGGCUGUCAGCAGAUGCAUCAAGUACUGCCUCUUCUUCUUCAACUUGCUCUUCUGGAUCAGCGGCUGCAUCAUCCUUGGUGUCUCCAUCUACCUGAAAGUGACCAAGGAUUCAAAUAAGGUCUUCCCUGUGUCCAUCCCGGGCGUGGACCUGCUGAUCGCCAUCGGUGUGAUCAUCAUGGUGCUGGGCUUCCUGGGCUGCUGCGGUGCCAUCAAAGAGAACAAGUGCAUGCUUCUGCUGUUCUUCAUCGGGCUCUUGGCCAUCUUCAUCCUGCUGUUGGCAGCCGGCAUCCUGGGAGCCGUCGACAAAAAUAAGUCAAAGGAGUUGAUCAAAGAGGCGACAACCAAACUGCUGCCUCUGUCCAGCCAACCGGAGGAGACUCAGACAGACAUCCAGAAACUGGAGAUGGAGGGCAAGUGCUGCGGGGUGGUCAACGGUCCGUCCGACUGGGGCUCCAGCAUCCCCUCCUCCUGCGACUGCAAGGACACCACCGCCGAGUGCCAGACCGUGGGAGGUCAGAGCCGCUACAGCCAGCCUUGUAGUGAAUAUCUGGAAAAGUUGAUAAAGGAGAACUUGAAGAUAGCUCUGGGCAUUGCUUUUGCCAUCGCCAUCCUGCUGAUCUUUGGCAUGAUCUUCUCCAUGGUCCUGUACUGCCAGAUCGGUAAGAUGGACGUCAGCACCGCGUAAUGAAGAGGACCAGGCGAUGAUUUUAACAACGCUCUUGUCUAAUGAAGGUGAUUGAGAGCGACUGAUAAAUGGCGGGUGUAGUCGUCGUGUCCCAUGUUGUACAUUUAGUGGAUAUUCUUGUUUUGUACUCUUGCGCAUGUACCUGCUGGCUGUGCUACGCAUGGUAACCGCGUGGCAACCACUGAACUGUGCGUUGUCCUUAUUUUUAUUUGUAAUUUUUUUUUUUUUUUUUUUUUUUUGUGGACAUGUUUAUGCUUAUCUGUGCCUCUAGCUCUCUUCCCGGACAUUUAAAUGGGACAAAUUUUAUAUCGGAGCCAUACGCAACCCACGCACGACAUCAAUUUCUGUAAAAUGCACUGUUUAUUUAAUCUUUCCUGUGGGCAUGGUUGUCUUGGGCGUAUACAUUGUAGAGAAAAUGUCGUGUUCUCUGAUAAGUGUCUUUAGUGGCUCUGAAAUCUCACUCACUCACUUUAAUCAGUAUACAUUUUAUUCUGACAACCCAAUUGCUCAUUAGCACGUCCCUGUCUGAGUGCAAUACAAUUACAAUAUUCAACCGCUGCCUUAUUCAUUGGACUGGGCGG